UCUAGAAAUAGGUUUUGAAGAAUAAAGUGUGCCUAGGAAGAAACUAUGAAACUGUUUUGUAUUUUUGCUUUGCUAUUUGGUGUCAUUGCGAUGAUCGACGCUAGAGAUGCUAAAUGCCUGCAACCUGUUGACCCUGGGAUAUGUCGAGGACAAAUACCUGCAUACUACUUUAACAGUGAGACCGGAAAUUGUGAGAAGUUCUUCUAUGGCGGCUGUAUGGGUAAUAACAACCGUUUCACCAGUAAGGCAGAGUGCAAUGCUGUUUGCAAAUAAAAGACUAGAAAUCUGA